AUGGGGAUGGGAGGAGCGUCCUCAAAGCUCAGAAAGGCCGCCAGGAAGAUGGUGGUGGCUGCUUGCGCCUCCUUUUCUUCUUCUUCUUCUUCUAGAAAGCCUGCUCUUUCCUUUGACAACUCCUCCUCCUCAUCCUUCAAUGGGUCGGACUCUAUUGCAAUGUCUCCCACAAAGCUAAAGGAAGCUGAAUCCCUCACCAAUGACACGUACAAUAACGUGGCUUCUAAGCAGAACUUGUGCGCAAUAUGCCUGGAAGCUCUGAGUUACAGCACGGGGAACAGCCCAGGCCAGGCUAUAUUCACAGCCCAGUGCUCUCAUGCAUUUCACUUUGCUUGCAUCUCAUCCAAUGUCCGCCAUGGUAGUGUUACCUGCCCCAUCUGCCGUGCCCAUUGGACCCAGCUUCCCCGCAACCUAAACCCACCUUGUUCCCUCUCCUGCAACCAAUCUGAUCCCAUUUUUCAAAUUCUCGAUGACUCCAUUGCCACUUUCCGGGUCCACAGACGCUCCUUCCUACGCUCUGCCCGUUACAAUGAUGAUGACCCCAUAGAACCUGACGACACUUCCAGUCAUCCACGCCUGGACUUCUCCCUUGUGUCAAUACCACCACUACCCUUUCGUCAUCGAUGCACACAGUACCAACAUCCCCACCACAUAACAGGUUCCUCCUCUUCAUUGUUUUCGUACCCACCAACACCCUAUUCAUACACCUCAAAUAGGAGACUUGCUGCUGCCUAUCUCUCUGUAAAGUCAAUACAACAAAGAGCUAUGGACUUGGUUCUGGUAGCAAGCCCCAACGGACCGCAUUUGAGGCUUGUCAAGCAGUCCAUGGCAUUAGUGGUAUUUUCCCUCCGUCCAAUUGACCGUUUGGCUGUUGUGACUUAUUCUUCAUUUGCAGCCCGAGUGUUCCCCUUGAGACGCAUGACGUCCUAUGGCAAGCGGACAGCACUGCAAGUUAUCGACCGUCUUUUCUUCAUGGGGCAAGCAGACCCAAUGGAAGGCCUGAAGAAAGGGAUAAAGAUACUUGAAGAUCGUGCCCACAAGAAUCCACAGUCCUGUCUCUUGCAUCUGUCCGACAGUCCAACAAGAUCAUAUCACACUUUCAACAUGCAAAUUCCAUUUCCAAUUCAUCGGUUUCAUGUAGGAUUUGGCUUUGGCACAUCAAAUGGAUUUGUCAUGCAUGAAUUCGAAGAGUUCUUGGUUAGGCUGCUUGGAGGUGUGAUUAGAGAUGUCCAGUUGAGAAUCGGGGAAGAAGGCAGGAUAAUUAGGCUUGGGGAGCUAAGAGGCAAUGAAGAAAGGAGAAUUCUGUUAGACUUAGGUGAGCGUGAACAUGUUUUUGUAGGAUACAGCUACGUUGAAGAUGGAAAUGAUGAAUGCGCCAUAACUGGAGAAACUAUAGUAAGUGUAGCGGAAAAAAGGGAACCCCAUGACACCAGCAGAGAAGCUCCUGCAGGGAGGGAUGUGAACAUAAUUGGCGGGCGGACCAGCAGCGUUGAGAGUUGGGAUUACCAUGAUCCUUACAUGGCUAGAAGAUGGGCUAAACAUUUGCACGGUUAUAGACUUUGAAUCAUGCAAAACAAAACGUUGCCCUAGAAACAAAUGUAUGCACAAAUAUACCAGACCCACGAGAUUUCAGUCAUAUUGCCUAAUAGUUCCAACUUGGGAGCUGUGCUCACACCGGGGGGAAAAUAUUCCAGUUGAGUGUGUUGAUAAAAUUCAUAGAUGUAACUAAACUAAAGAGUUGUACGAUCAUACUUUCAGGACUUACUGCACACAUCCUUUGCAAAAUAUUCUAGUGGAGUUUUGACAUCAUCUA